AUGUCCCAACUAAUAUUCACCCACCCCACCGCCCUCCUCCUAAUCGACAACCAAAACGGCUUCACCCACCCAACCCACUGGGGCCCAGCCCGCUCUAAUCCCAACUACGAAGCCAACAUCCAAUCCCUCCUCACCACCUUUCGCAACACCCUCACCACCCCAUCAUCUCCACCAUCACCUCAAAAAAGACAACAUCACCACGAAAUAAUCCACAUCUUCCACUCCUCCACAACGUCCACUUCCCCCCUACACCCAACCUACACCACUCCCACAGGAGAGCCAGGCAUCGACCCCCUCCCGAUCUGCAACCCACUUCCCACCGAGAAACAGAUCUGGAAACAUGUCAAUUCCUCAUUCAUUGGCACCGAACUGGAAGGAUAUCUCCGCGAGAAGGGGAUACGGCAGUUGAUUGUGGCCGGGUUGACGACAGAUCAUUGUGUGUCGACGACGGUGCGGAUGGCGGCGAAUUUGGGGGUGGUGGAUAGGGUUAAAUCAUCAGAGAAGGAGGGAGGGGAGGAGGAGGUGGUGGUGGGUAAAGGACGGAUUAUUCUUGUUAGUGAUGCCACUGCUACAUUUGCCAAGGGGGGAUGGGAUGCCGAGACGGUGCAUCAGGUGUCGGUUGCGAGUUUGGAUGGGGAGUUUGCGGAGGUGAGAGGGGUGAGGGAGGUGGUGAGAGCGUUGGAGGAGUAUUCUGCUUCGAGAUAG